AUGGGACACGAUAAUGAAGUCCGACAAAAGGUCGAGAAAUAUAUGCGAUUAUUAUCGAAUCCAGCGAAGAUUGGAUCAGCGUUAAGGCAUUUAAAUAAUAUUCAUAUGACAUUAGAGUUAUUAUCGGAAACAGGAGUGGGAAAAGCUGUCAAUCAGUUGAGAAAUCAUUGUGAUCAUGGUAAUGAUGCUUUACAACUGGUUGAAAAAUGGAAGGAAAUCGCUAGGAGUUACGGGCUACGUCAGCGAAGGAGACAUUCUUCUUCUUCUAGCUCGAAAAAUGAAGAUAGUUCGCCAACAAGAAAGAAAGAAAAAUGUGAGGUCGAGGGAUCAAGUGUAUCAAAAAAAGAAAAGUCAAUAGAUUGUAAAAAACCAUCCUCAAAGCUUAUGGAUGAGCCCAGAUGUAGCACAAGUUUUGCCGAAAUGUUGGCAAGUGCAGACACGGCAAAGCCAUGGAAGCCAAAAAAACAUAAAACGAAUCAUAAUCACUGGAAAUGUUCAGAAAUAGAUAUAAAUUAUAAACCAUCCAGGCCAAUUUGUUAUGAACCAUCUCCAGUUAUCAGAGAUCAUCAAAAUGAAGGCAAAUUGGAUAGAUCAGAUAGUAUAUAUUUUAUUGAAGGCAUUCUCCAAACAUCAGAAGCUGAUACAUCAAUGUUUAAACCACGAAAAGAUAAACGUAAAAUUUAUGCCGGCCGUCGCAAAGGUGAUAUUGGGAAAGAAAUACCAUCUCUCCAAGAACUUUGUAUUAGAUUGCUUACUGCUAAUAUUAAUGCGAUUGAACAAGUUGGUGAUGCGCCGUACUAUUUACUGAAACCAAUUCUUGAAAAAUGUGAUGCAUAUCAGCUUAGUGCAAUCGAACGUCGGAAUCCACACCUUACCGAUGACACUGACGAACUUUGGGAAAAAAUUGUUAGACGAACGUAUCCUAGAUGUGAAUUAGAUGAGUAUGAAAGUUGGCGCGAUUGUUAUGUGGUAAGGCGAAUACGUGAUGAGAAUGAUAAAAAGUUGAAAAUUUUAUCUACUCGUAUAAACCAACACAACCGUGAGACAACAGCGCCAGUAAAAACAGCACUUCUGGCAGAUGCGAAAGCUCCACGUGAUGUUCGGAAGCGUCAAAUUCGAUAUGGAACUGGUCAUUCAACUUAUGAUCUACCUUGUGCUAGCGAAGUUUCGAAAGCAAGGAAAGCAAUUUUCGAAAAAGGCAAUAAAGAUUCUCUAUCAAAUUUGCCAGUAUCUGUACGAAAUACAAAUUCCAGUCUUGGUGCUCAUUCGACUAAAAAACCUGCUCAAUCAAAAAAGGGUGCUUUGAUGAUUAAAACACUGAAAAUGAUGAAAAAUAGUUUUAAACGAUGA